AUGCUGCCUCUGAAGCCCACGGCCCUUUUCCUCCCCCUCCUCGUGCUUGGGGUCACUGACCCCUCCGCUGGGUUUUUUGGCUGGCUCACUCAAAGUGCCACCCCAGCCGCUCCGGCAGCUUCUUUCCCCACAGCUGCCCCAAAUCCAGGAAGCCUUCCGCACGUUCCUUUUGAGAUGACCACAGCAGAUGAGCAGUUCUUGACUGAGCGGCUGCACCUGUCACCUCUGGAUUCCUGUCACCAUAAGGUUAUCGCUCGGCUCCAGGCGUCGUGCGCAGACCUGACGGAGGAGGCGCUGGCCAAGUUGAGCGUGUCGCUGUUCAACUGCCAGGCUCAAGUCGAAGGCAGAAGAACGUACCUGUGCACCGAGGACACGACCCUGGCGGAAUGCACUGCGGACAUGGACCCGGACACCUGGAAUGCUUACCACAUCGUGAGCAACCGGGCCCGAGCGGUCUGCUAUGCCGUCCGCCAGACGCAGUUCAAGCUCCAGGCAGAGCACACGGUCAACGCGCUUGUCUCCACCGCCGUCAGCCAGCUGGAAGCCAUGAGGGCGCUCAAGAGCGGCCAGGAGGAGCUGAAGGCGCUGACGUCGGAGUCUCUGCAGAAGGUGGUGAGCAGCCAGCAGGAGCUGCUGGCCCAGCAGGAGGAGUUCCGGGGCAGCCAAGGACUGAUGGAGGAGUCCAUCCACAGCAACCUGGACCAGCUGGCCCAGGAGAAGGCCCUGAUCGCCAGCGGGCAGCAGCAGGUGGUGCAGCUGAUCGAGGGCAUCACGCAACGCAUGGAAGAGGUGAGCAGCCACCUGGAUGACCAGGACGCAGAGCUGCAAGAGGGGCGCAGAGCCAUCCUUAAGGACCUCACCCAAGCCCAGGACCGCGCCCAAGACGUCUACUCCAAGAUAGAGACCAAUCUGGGCUCGUUCCUGGCCUAUCAGAACCAGACGGCGCUGUAUUACGAUGAGCUGAUGGGGAAGCUGCAGAAGAUGAACGACUCCCUCGGGCUGGUGCUGCGCAACAUGGAGCGGAUGCAGAGCAACGUGGAAGGACGCCUCCGGCACAUCCAGAGGUUCAUCAGCUGGGCAGGGUUCAGCCUGAGCUCCAUCUACACCUGCGUCCUGCACGGCAGCUAUUUCCUUCUGGCAGCCCUGAUCAUGACUUUCCUGCAGACGCCGGGGCUGCCACGAGCCGUGCUCCUCAUCCUGGUCACGUCCAACGCGCUCCUGGAGCUCAACCAUGCUGCUUCCUUGGGCUUUCAGUCUCUCACCAGCCUCUUGCUGUUGGCCGUUGCAGGUGUGUACCAAAUAAAAUGCAUUGACCCGUUUUUACCUGUUGGAGGCCACUGGCUGCUGGGACACGUUUGCCAGCGUGCUGCGGAAGCGACGCGGCACGAACCCGCCCGGGCGCCCUUGCCGCUUCCUCCGAAGGUGCUGGAGCCAGGCGCCCAGCGCGUGGUGCGGACAGGUGGCGUGGGGAAGCACUGCCGCAUCACCUCCACCCCUGAAAGAGAAGGCAACGCUGGGCUGGUGAAAGAGGAGCUGGAGGAGCUGAGCUACCUGUCAGAUGCGGGUAAGGUGGGAAGAGAAUCCCCGGAGGAGGAGGAGGAGGAGAAGGCCACCUUCCUCCCUUCGCUUGCGCGGGAGGGCACAGCGCUGUUUUCCACUGGGUGGCAGCCUCCCCAAGGUCAGGGCAGCCACGCCACGCUGCUGCACCGCCUCCGCUUGGCCCGCUCCGCCAGGCAUGAGGCCUCGGAGAGACUGGCUGCCUUGCAGAGGUUUCCGCAGCACCCCCUGGGCCCCUCCUUCCACCCUUUUCCUGGCCUGAAGGACUCUUCCCCAAACGAGUCCCUGGUCAGUGACGUGUCCAGCUGCUCGGCCUCCCCCAGGCCGCUCUGCCAGGGGGUCACCCGGACGGGGCAGCCCUGCAGGAAAAAGGCUGCCGCAGGCCACGGGUACUGCCACGUCCACGCUUUUGGUCAAGCAGCGGGCACCAGCUAG